ACUGAACAAGAAAUGGAUAAAGUAUUUAAGCCUCCAUUUAGUACGCUGCCUGUGUUGUCUUAUGUAAAAAAUAAAAAUAAAGCAAAUAUCAAGACAAAAAGUCAAAAUCCAAAAGGGAAAAAGAAAACGAAAGAAGAUAUAAUACCAAUUAUGUAUAAAAAUACAAUGAGAAUUAAAGUCAAGGCAGCAGAGGAGCAAGAAGAUUGUGUAGAUGUUGAAACGAUACCACGAGAUGAAAUACCAAUACUAGAAGCACACGAUGCAAAGAGUUUGUUAGAAAAAUUUGAGGCUUGCGAGAAUCCAAAUCCAUGCAAUAAAUCGACCGUUAAAAAUGAUCACACAUAUGACACGAGACCAAAUAAAAUAUGUCAAGUGACUCAAGAGUGCAGGGCUAACAUAUCGGAGAAAUCCGUUUCUCAAGCUUCCAAUCAACAGCCCUCAAUCUUAUCUAAAAAAAUAAUCAAUAAAACAAAGCUAUCAGAACGUAGAAAAACUAGUCCGAAAAUUGCUACGCUAAAUAUACAAAGUAAAAAACGUAAGAGUCCACGAAUGGAAGACAGAGUUAUUUCCUGUAACAAGAUUUUGAAAAUAGUUCCUACAGUAUCGAAUGAUGCUAAGAGUAGAACAGUCAGUAGAACUUUGGUACAGUUGGAUCACGAUUAUUGUAAUAAUGACAACUUUCGUACCAAGAGCUACAAUAGCAAUAAAACUACAAAACAUACAUCUGUAUUAAAAUCGAGCCAAAAUGAGAAUCCUGAUGGAACCAAUCAACAUGAAAGACAUUACAAUAUUGGUAGUUCAAAUGAACGAUGCCGCUUGGACUUGGUUAAUAUAUGUGAUGGUAAUGGAAAACCAGCAGUCUUACAAAAUAAAAUCAAAGAUAAUUGGCUCGAAAAUGAUCGUAAAGACUGUCAAAAAGAGACUCCUUUCCAAUACUCCCACAACUUAAAUAAUUCAUCUGUUAGAAAUAUAAAUAUUUCAAACGCGUCACCAACCGUCAAACCUCUUCUCCUUUCUAUUCGUUCACCUUUAGCUAGAAAAAUCAUUCUGCAAUCAAAGAAACAUGUAUUACCUAAAACGAAUAGUGUACAAACGAGUCCUAAAGUGCAAUAUAUUUCCGUAUUGAAGAAUCUCAAUCCACAAAAUAUAUCACAAUCACAGUUUUCAAUAAAUAAUUCUAAUGAAAAUAUGGUAACCACUAUGAAUAAUUCAAAUAAUGAAGUACAAAAUAUAAUUGAACAAAAUACUCAAAACACGCCACCGCAUGAAGAAGACAAGACAUCUCGUGUUAAAAUUAGUGUAUUAGAAUAUCGAAAAAGAAUACUGAACGAUAAAACUCGUAAUGACAAAUCGAUGACAGUGGAAGAGCCAUCUCGAACUAUACAAGUGGAUGUUUAUCAUGCUUCAACUAUGAAACUACCACUCAGACCUGAUCAAGAAAUAAAGGAUACAUUUUACUGUCAGAGAGAAAUUAUACCAUGUUGGAAAAAGGAAUCAGAUAUACAAGAAGAAAAAAAUAAGCCGAAACCACCUACUCGCAAUAUACAAACAGAAACGGACAAAAAUAUUUUUGAAUAUUUAAAAUCAGUAGAUGUUGAGGAGAAAGAGGGAGAUGCGAAAAUUAUGGAGACAAACAAAAAAAGGGAGGAAAGUACAAAGGAUAAAAAACAGAAAUCCUGCGAAAGAGUCUCUCGCAGUUUGAGUCGAUCUAGAUCAAAAAGCAGAAGCAGGAGUACGACAAGCGAAAGCAGUAGCAAGAGUAGAAGUAGGAGUAAGAGUAGAAACAGAAGAAGUAGAAGCAAAAGUGAAAAUCGAAGCACAAGGAGAAGUAGAAGUAAGAGCAGGACAGGAAAUAGGAACAGAAGCAGAAGUGUUAGUACAAGCACAAGCAGAAGCAGAAGUAGCAGCAAAGACAGGAGUAGCAGUAGAAGUAGGAGUAGGAGUAGGAGUAGAUCUCGAGUAGAUCGACGUAGCAGCCGACGAACAAUAAGUCAUCGCACGCGACGCAGCUCUGUCACCUCAACAAGCAGUUGGUCGUCUCCCGCAUCUAUUUCAAUGAUAUCAAAGCAUUCGUAUUCACGUUCUAGCUCUCGAUCCGACAUCCGAUCUAGAUCUAGAUCUAGAUCCAGAUCUAGAUCUCCCAAACGGUUUUAUUCUAAACGGUUAAGAUCUCCCUCGACUUCGAAUCUUCGAAAAAAUAAAUGGUCUAAUAAACGAAGAAAGGAUAGUAGGGAUCGUGAAAAAAGUUAUGAUAAAUAUGACAGACGCGAAAGAAGUUACGAUAAAUACGAGAAACGCGAAAGAAGUUAUGAUAAAUAUGAGAAACGUUCCUUAGCCAAUCGCCAUGCCAAUAGAAGUUAUAGUAGAUCACCGUUAGAUUCUUGUUCCGAAACUUACGAUGAUUGGCACAACAGAAAAAAGCAAAGAGAAAUAGAAGAACGAAGAGUGGUAUAUGUAGGACGUAUAGACGAAGGAAUUACCAAAUCUGAUCUACGUAAGAGAUUUGAGAUUUUUGGACCCGUUGAAGAUAUCAGUGUACAUUUUCGUGAACAUGGCGAAAACUACGGUUUUGUCACUUUUCUAUACAACAAUGAUGCUUACGAAGCCGUGGAACAUGGUAAUGACAAUCCGUCUUUACCCAAAUAUACUCUAUCUUUUGGAGGUCGCAGAGCGUUUUGCAAAUCCAAGUACGCCGAUCUUGACAAUGUAGAAGAUGGUGCCUCUAGAAGGAGAUCUCACAUAAAUGAAGACAUGUCCUAUGAUUAUCUCUUAAAGUCAACAGCAUAUAUGCUCAAAAGAAAAGUUUGACAUACGUAUUGUCUAAUCGUUUUAAAUUUAAACAAUAGUUUGAUUAUUAAAGUAAAUUUUUUAAAGAAAGAAACGCACUUGUAUCAAUGCUCAUAUACAGUGUGUUUCGGUGCUGCUCUUUUACUAUAACAAAUAAAAAUUAGAAAUAUCCAAUUAUAAAUACAUUAGGAGCAUUUGAAAUUUUUAAUUAUCCAAUGCUUUAUUCAAAUUGUUUAGUCUCAUCAGAUAUUUGUUUCCUCAGCUUGCCAAAUCUUAUCGAAUUUUCUGAAAAAAAAAUGAUACAUUUUAAUGGUUUUCUCAUUAUGCAAUAUAUCUGGUUAUGUAAAUACGGAUAAUUGAAAAUAUUCAAGUUACAAUCGCACUGAGCAGGUACCUGAUCUUGUUGCAUACAGAGAGUCUAUGUAGAAGAGAAUCGCCAACUAAUCACGUAAUCUUGAGCAAAAAUUAUUUUAGCUAAGCAGAAAGCCUAUUUAUUACUUCAGGCAAUCAUAGUAAAAGUUAGAUGAUUCUAUUGGCGCCGCUCUCCCUUUAGACUCUUUAGUUGAAAAUAAAUGAACUCGAUUCAUCAUGCUAUCUGCCUAUUUCUAGAAAGAAUGAUGUGACGAGAGGCAAAAUUUGCCUGAAUAUAUAUGUAUAUAUAUUAUAUUUAAAAUUUUCGGAAACGUUACUAGUAGUAGUUAAUGAAGGACUGGUUUAUAUAGAUUUGUUUUAAACGUUCUGUCUACAGAUUCCAUCUACAAUAAAUGCGGAUAUGCAG